AUGUCCCCUGACCACGAAAAGCACCAAGGUGCUACUGCCGCCGACACCGCCUUGGAGCACCACCACCCCUCUCUUUCUGGUGACGAUGAGAUACAAAUGCAUGAGCACGAGGUCACCAGACUCGACCAGAUAGUGACCCGCGUCCCAAUGAGGACUUGGCUGGCAGUUGUUUCCAUGGGUUGGCUCUACAUUGUUUCUCUGGCUACGUUCCUCUGUCUGGUCCCAGUCAUCACCAUCAUCAAUGAAGAUGUUGGACCCAGUCCCGAAUACAGCUGGAUGGCCAACGCAUGGACUGUCGCUGCUGGCACUGGUAUUAUCCUCACGGGCUCACUCUCUGAUCUCGUCGGUCGAAGAUGGUUCAUCAUUGGGUGCGGCAUUGCUGCCAUUAUCGGAGAUGAGAAGAAGCCCGAGAAGAAACUAAAUCAAUUUUUUGCGCCAGCUAUCGUGGCUUUCAUUUUCCAGGGCCUGAACCAAGCGGGCUGUCUCACCACGUUUGCUUGUAUCGCCGAGCUGGUGCCAACGCGAACACGAGGCAUCGUCAUCGGCAUCAUCAGUCUCGGCUCUGCUGGCUUCGUCAUGUGUGGCUCUCUCAUCGGCCAUGCAGUAUCCUACAACACCGCCCCGACGUGGAGGACUGUCUUCUGGAUGUCUCUGGCCGGCAAUAUCGUCGGGACUGUGGCCGUGGCCGUGACCUAUUUUCCAGCACGGGCACUGGCGCGACCUACGGGUAGCAGAAGGGAAAUCCUGAAAUCUUUCGACUACAUUGGCAUACUUGGUAUCAUGAUCGGUCCGACUCUCUUCCUGAUGGGAAUCUGUUGGGUACCAGAGUACGGCGCGACAAGUGGACGGUUUCUGGGACCAUUCAUCACGGGCUGCAUCGUCAUCAUUCUCCUUGGUGUCUACGAAGCCAAAUGGGCACGCAACCCACUGCUGCAUCCGUAUCUUUUCCGCCGCAUCCGAACCUUCACUCUGAUCCUCGUUUGUGCCGGUGUUGGCGGCAUGUUAUUCUACUCCCUCCAGGUGUUCUGGCCAACCUACCUCACCCUCAUCUUCGAGGGGAAUAGUUGGUCAAAGGUCGGCAUUGACGGCUUUACGUUCGGCAUCGGUACAAAUUUGGGUGGCUCUGGGGCAGCAAUUCUGUUACCUUUUCUUGGACCCAAGGUCGGUACACGAAAUAUUCUGGCCUUUGGAGUCUUGCUGCAAGUCCUCUUCAUUCCGAUGAUGUGUCUGGUUGACGAGACUCGCAAGUCCAUGGCGCUAGCCUUUUCGUUCAUGGCUGGAGUUGGCAUCGGGAUCAUCGAGCUGCUCACCAUCCUCCUGGUACAACUGGCGACACCGGACGAAUGGAUCGGUUUCGCGACCGGUGCACUCGGCCUGGUACGCAGUAUGGGUGGCUCCGCUGGCAGUGCUAUCUACCUCACCAUCUUUCAAGACCGAUCUGCCGCGCUCGUUCCGGAAUACGUAUCCGCCGCAGCCAUCGAGGCUGGUCUUCCUGAAGCUUCGCUCCCGGAGCUGCUCGGUGUCCUGACCGGUGUCGUCACCGACGUCCCACUCACCUCGAUACCAGGCGUCACGUCCACAAUUCUCGAGUCGUCCGUGCUGGCUCUGAAAAAGGCCUAUCUGGCUUCCUUCAGAUAUGUGUGGCUUACCUCGAUCCCAUUCGGUGUCAUUGCCUUCUUCUGCGCCGUCGCAACAAAGGACCUGUCUCACCACUUGACCAAGAAGGUCGCACAACACAUGACAUAUGAUGAGAAGCCAAAGGCCGACGGAGAAGCAGCAGCCACUCAUGAGGAGGACAUCAAGGCGGCUGAGUGA